AUGUUUGCAUCGCAAUCCAUCCACCGCUCGUACAUCAUCAUAUACCAUCAUCGUGUAUCACCGCUGUAUUGCAGUCUAGCAUGUAGGUAGGAGAGGACGAUGCCAUGUAUCCCACCGCCCCAUUUUUCAUCCUAGAAGAAUCAAUAUCAAAUUGCAAGAGUAAACACCAUGAAGAACUCAUGCCGCUUUCUCAUUUCCAUUGUUACAACCACGCGAUGAGGGAGAUUGCGUUGCGGGCUCCCGCUUCUGCUCCUGGUCUUGGCGUGCGGUAUGCAAACGCUGCACGGCGAGGAAACAGCCUGGCGCGCGCGCGACAUUGGCUUAUUCAGCGCGGUGCUUUUCGUCAGUGCGGCAGCAAAUUCAACUUGGACUCGAAACCCUCGACACCUCCCCCUCAUCCUCAUCCUCAUCCUCACCCUCACCCUCACCUUCACCCUCACCCUCGACCAGCAACUCCCUCCGCUCUUCCACCCCGCCCAUCACCAACAACAACAUCAACAUCAACGCACCCCUGGCAGUGCAUGCCAGUACCGCAUCGCUCAUGUCCAACCCACCACCAAAGGACACAAACACUUACACGCCGCGCGCCGACGACGACAGCAGCCAUGCACCGCCAGUGCCACCGUCCAAGAUCCCUACAGCGGCGGCCGCCGGUACUGCACCACGCAUGACCAACCCACCACCAAAGGGCAGAGAGACCUGCAUGCCACUCGUCGACUACGACAGCAGCCUAUCACGGCCGAUGCCACCGCGACAGCAAGCGCCGGUGCCACCGUCCAAGAUCCCGACCACGACGCACGCUAGCUCCGCACCGCGCAAUACUCCAACUCUCAAGGACAGGAAGACUUACAAGCCACUCGCUGCCGACAAUGACGACAGCCUGCCACCGCCAAUGCCGCUGCGAAACCCUCCGCCAAUCCCAACUCCCGAGACGCCGACGGCCGCGUACGCCAAUAUCGCACCGCUCAUAACCCAGCAAACACCCAAGGACAGGAAGACUAACACGCCACUCGCCGACGAUGAUAACCGCCUGCCAGUGCCAAUGCCAUUGAUGCCACCGCCAGUGCCACUGUCCAAGAUCCCAGCGCCGCCAACGCCGGGGUCGAUGUCGGGCAACGCGUCUCGUCCAUCACUGACCAGAGAAGGUACUCAGUCUACUGAACGCUCAUCGCGCUCGUCGAGACUCCCGAUCCCUGGAAGUCGUCACGCCACCGCCUCCGCUGGCCGCGCAUCUACCUCCGGUCCUGUUUACAGCUCCGCCACUUCAAGCGUAGGUCCUAUCACGUCCACGUGCGCGUUUCACACUGACCUUCUUUUACAAGCAGACAAUCCCCCGGCUUGGCCGCAAACUGAUCCCUUCACCGAAUCUUAACAAGGAGCAGCCCGUCAAGACUGUCACAUAUCCCCGAGUGGAUGAGUCUGGUGAUCCACUGCCGAUAUCUUCCCACCCUGAUGACUAUCGACGUGCUGCCUACCAAGCCACUGCCCGCCAAGGACACGACGCUUCUCCGACUCCUUUCAGGACCAUCAGCCCACCCGUCACAAAGCGACAGUUUUCUUCGACAAUCAGUGCUUCAGACAUCGAUGAUAUGGUAAACGAACCAGUUGCAAACGAUCAUGAGAGGCGAGACAGUAAGAUGUCUGCCAUGAGUCGUAGCACCUCUGGACGCGUUACCUUCCAUCCAACCGCAUCAAAUGCUGAAUCGCCCGAACCCGACAAGUCGAACGAAAUCAAUGUCGCCAAGUGCAGCUCAGGCUCACCCACCCAUUCAAGCCGUCACUCAACCCGUCCUUCAAGCCGCCCUUCAAGCCGAGCACGCACUCCCAAUGCAGAUGCUGCAGACCUCAUAUCUCCUCAUGCCUCGCGCGUCUUCAGUAACGGCUCUCGUCGCCUCUCCAGUAUGAGAUCCAGUGAACACCCGCCACCGACAAGCCCAUUCAUGGAUCCACUCCCCACGAUCAGUUCACAGCCUUUCCUAUCAACAGCAGCUCCGAUGCCAGCGACUGAUGCCGAGCGCGGCAGUGAAGAUACCCUACGCGAGGAAUCUCACCAGGAUGACAACACCCAAGACACGCUCGCAAUGCCAAGCCCGCGACGAAGUCUUUUCCGCACGCUCUCCCAGGCCAAGCGCGAAAAUGAGCAGAAGCAGGACCGCGGUGAGCGCGGCCUCUCCAUCGAAGCGCGAGAGCACCUGCACAAGACGCUGGCCCAACUCGAGGGCAAAGUGAUUCCGGACAACCCUCGAGUCAGCCGCGAGCAGAUGCGGCAGAUGUUCGGCAAUGUGGAGGAGGCCUGGCCGCGUGAGGAAUCCACACUUCUCUCCAAGAUGAUGCUUGCACAAAAGUAUCUCGACAAGACCGCCGCCCGGCAGAGCCAACCGACAGGCUCUCCGACAACUUUCGGCGAGAGAAGUGCAGGAGAGGAAGGCCCUCCGGCUCCGGGGAGCGUCGCCCACGCCAAGGCAACCCUCCACGAGCGGAGAAGCUACGCUCGUGCCACGGCGGCGUCUGCCUCCCGAACCGGGGGCCUCGGCCAGAAGCAGGCGGCGGCACUGCCAACGAGUCCCGCCCUCCACAGAGGCCGCACGAUCCCUCCCGGCAGCAUCGGCGUGCCGUCAAUCCAAGAGGGCGGCCCUCCACCUCCCCGCCCUCGCUCGCGCACCCGGGAUGCGCUGCACCGGAUCGGCGGCCUCUGGCGCAAGGGCGGAGGCAGCGGCAAGCCGGCCUCACCGGCGGGACGUCAAGAGGCGGACAUCCCGCCGGUGCCAAGAGUUCCCGAGCGCUUCACGGGACACCACCACCAAGCCCCGGCCUCACCCACCGCCGCGUCUCCCUCGCCCUCGGGGGAUGGACAAUCGCCCUCGGCGGGUGAGGCCGCCCCGUCGGCAAGCACGAGGGCCACCGUGGUAUGUGCCAAACCCCCCCUUCACCUUUGCCUUUUACAUACACUAUACAGAGAGAUUCAAUGCUAAUCAUCCUUCACAGGCCGCCAUACGGGCACAAGACGCGGUGGCUCGCGCUUCCCUCUGCGCGGCGAACGCCGACCUCUGCGCCAGACGGGCGCGGCGCGAGGCGGAUCGGGCGGCCGGUGAGGCGGCCACGGCAUUGGAGUUGGCCCAAGAAGCCCUCCGGGCCUCGAUGGUGGUGAGCCGUAGAUAG